GGCAGCCCAAGUUUCCCGCUCCGAAUAGCUCCACUCAUCCCUGCGCCUGUUUCUUGGCGCGCUCCCUCUCCUGUGGGACCCAGAGCGACCUCCCGGAGAAAACCUUGACAACCCGGCGCAGGCAGGCAGCUCACUGGUGGGAUAAGAGCAGGAGCAUGGCCACUGGAUUGGGCUGAUGGGAGUUGUAGUUCCCAAAAGUAACUUUUCCAAGCUCUGAGCAGGAGUGGCCUCCACUGCUGGGCAAGGAUGAUCCGUUCAGCCCGCUGGAAGAGCAGCCUCAAGAGAAGGUUCAGCUGUCCAGAGCCAGCGGCUGGCCGACCGCAAAGGGCUCCAGGCUCCGGAGUGGAGCCUGAUCACUUCCCCAGGCCCACCCGUUCAGAAGCCUCUCUCUGCCGGGAGCUCUUCAAGGGUUAACAAGCGACGACAGAGCCGGAGGAAGGAGCGCAAAGGAGGGACGUCCCUUUCCUGCCUCGCCUCUCUGCGAGAAACGGAGGCUGGGAGCGCCGGAGGAGCCCCUCUUCGUGCGCAGCGAUGUUGGCCAGCGGGGUUGCGCGGGGGGAGCCUGGAGACAAAGGAUACAUCUGGGGAGUCAAGGCUGAGGGAGAACCAUCUGAAGUAUCACUGGAAAAAGCUGAGGAGCAGAUGCAGGAGCAGAGACUGAGGAGUCAAGAUGGAGCAAAGAGACAAGAGGAGCGACAGACGCACACAGGGGAAAAAUCUCAUAAAUGCUUGGAGUGUGGAAAGAGCUUUAGUCAGAGUGGCCACCUUAUUAGGCAUCACAAAACUCAUACAGGGGACAAACCUCAUAAAUGCUUGGAAUGUGGAAAGAGCUUCAGUCGGAGUGACAGCCUUACUUCGCAUCAAAGAACUCACAUGGGAGAGAAACCUUAUGAAUGCUUGGAGUGUGGAAAGACCUUCAGUCAGGGUGGAAACCUUACUUUGCAUCAAAGAAGUCACAAAGGGCACAAACUUUAUAAAUGCCUGGAGUGUGGAAAGACCUUCAGUCGGGGUGACCAACUUACUUCGCAUCACAGAUCUCACACAGAGGACAAACCUCAUACAUGCUUGGCAUGUGGAAAGAGCUUCAGUCGGAGUGACAGCCUUACUUUGCAUCAAAAAACUCAUAUGGGAGACAAACCUCAUACAUGCUUGGAGUGUGGAAAGAGCUUCAGGUGGAGUAGCACCCUUACUUCACAUCACAGAACUCACACAGGGGACAAACCUUAUGAAUGCUUGGAGUGUGGAAAGAGCUUCAGUCUGAGUAGCACCCUUACUUCACAUCACAGAACUCACACAGGGGACAAACCUUAUGAAUGCUUGGAGUGUGGAAAGAGCUUCAGUCGGACUGACAACCUUACUUCGCAUCAAAGAACUCACACGGGAGACAAACCUUAUAAAUGCCUGGAAUGUGGAAAGAGCUUCAGUCGGAGUGACAAACUUACUUCGCAUCAAAGAACUCACACGGGAGUCAAACCUUAUAAAUGUUUGGAGUGUGGAAAGAGCUUCAGUCAGAGUAGCACCCUUACUUAUCAUCAAAGAACUCACAUGGGAGACAAACCUUAUAAAUGCUUGGAGUGUGGAAAGAGCUUCAGUCAGAGUAGCCACCUUAUUUUCCAUCAAAGAAAUCACACAGGGGACAAACCUUAUGAAUGCUUGGAGUGCGGAAAGAGCUUCAGUCGGAGAACCACCCUUACUUCGCAUCAAAGAACUCACACGGGAGACAAACCUUAUAUAUGCUUGGAAUGUGGUAAGAGCUUCAGUCACAGUAGCAACCUUACUUCGCAUCAAAGAGCUCACACAGGGGAAAAACCUCAUAAAUGCCUGGAGUGUGGAAAGACCUUCAGUCAGAGUAGCAACCUUACUUCGCAUCAAAGAACUCACACGGGAGACAAACCUUAUAAAUGCUUUGAGUGUGGAAAGGGCUUCAGUCAGGGUGGAAACCUUAGUUUGCAUCAAAGAAGUCACACAGGGGAAAAACCUCAUAAAUGUUUGGAGUGUGGACAGACCUUCAGGUGGAAUAGCUCCCUAACUUCGCAUCAAAGAACUCACACAGGGGACAAACCUUAUGAAUGCUUGGAGUGUGGAAAGAGCUUCAGUCAGAGUAGUGCCUUUAGUAAACAUAAAAGAACUCACACAGGAGACAAACCUCAUAAAUGCUUGGAAUGUGGAAAGAGCUUCAGUCAGGGUGGAAACCUUACUUUGCAUCAAAGAAGUCACACCGGGGACAAACCUUAUAAAUGCUUUGAGUGUGGAAAGAGCUUCAGUCGUAGUGACAGCCUUACUUCGCAUCAAAGAACUCACACAGGAGACAAACCUUAUGAAUGCUUGGAGUGUGGAAAGAGCUUCAGUGACAGUAGUGCCUUUAGUAAACAUAAAAGAACUCACACAGGGGACAAACCUCAUAAAUGCUUGGAGUGUGGAAAGACCUUCCGUCAGUGUGGAAACCUUACUUUGCAUCAAAGAACUCACACAGGGGACAAAGCUUAUAAAUGCCUGGAGUGUGGAAAGACCUUCAGUCGGGGUGACCAACUUACUUCACAUCACAGAUCUCACACAGGGGACAAACCUUAUGAAUGCCUUUAGUGUGGAAAGACCUUCAGGUGGAGUAGCUCCUUUACACAACAUCAAAGAACUCACAAGGGACCAAUGUUAUCGAUGCUUGGAGUGUGGAAAGAGAUUCAGUCAGAGUAGCUACCUUACUUCUCAUCAAAGAAGUGUUACGAUUGCUUGGCUAACCCCAUUUUGGUUCAAGUGGAACCCAGGAGGUGCAAGGCCAGGAACUAUAACUCCCACCCCCACCUCUCACACCCCUGCCCCGCUGGUAUGGCUGGUUAUGAGUUCCACAGGUGUUGUGCGAAGAACAACAAGGGCAGCGUUAAGAAACAGAAUUAACCAAAAGCUACGGCAUAAAUGUUAUCUUCUUCUUUGGCAGACUUCCCUCACUGACCGUACAAUCCUCCAUUGUUCAUUCUAAGGAGCCUUAGUUUUUCAGGGUCAGUAAGAAACUCUCAUGCAGGCACACACACACGCAGAAAAUCAGCAGAUUCCCAGUCCCCUCCUUUGCUGGAGGGGGAGAGUGGAAAAAGUCUUUUAAAAAUGAGGCUUGAAUCUAGAGAGAGAAGGAGAAGGGGGGGCAGAGAGAUCAGAGCUCCACCCUGUGUGCUACGCUCUCAAGGAAUGCAUGGAGGGACUGCAGGGACAGAACCGGGGAGACUCUGGGUCUUGGUGCAAACCCUUCAGACCAAGAGAUUCCUUCCUGGUUUUGGAUCAGAGCUCUUCCACAUAGCUUCAGCUGUAUUCAGCCGCCCAUUCAGGGCCUAGGAGAGGUAAUCAUUCCUACUUUUAAUAGCAAUAGGGUCCUUUAAUCUCUUUAGUUUAAAGUUAUGAAUGGGUUAGGAUAUCAAUGAUUAAUGCUGCCACGCACCCAAGUAAUUCUGUAACGCUGUUCUACUCUUUUUCUCAAUAAAAUCAAGCUUUGCUUUA